AUGACACGGGCUUCGGGCGGAGACGAAGCCGCUGCCAUUAUCUCUGUCGUUAUCGGCAACGUUGCUGGCUCGUUUCUAUCUCCUCUGCUCACAUACGGAUUCUUUCCAGCUGGGCAUCCUGAAGCAUUCGACAGCUGGCGCCCUGCUGAUCCGUCCACCCUAGGACAUAUGUAUGCAGAUGUAGCCAAGCAGCUAUGUCUCAGUGUAGUCUUGCCCCUUAUUGUUGGUCAAGCUGUACGUUGGAGGUGGGAGGAUCGCACCGUCAAAGUCCUCAAUGCUCUCAAACUGGCCAAGGUCUCAACACUGUGCCUUGUUCUGCUCGUAUGGACGACCUUUUCUGGAGCUUUCGGCACCGGAGCAUUGAAAGACUUAUCCUCAAGCAACGUCCUCUUUCUUGUCUUUAUGAACGUUGCGUUAUAUGCUCUGUUCACAAUCAUCUGCUUCUUUCUCGCCAGACCACCCGGGCGCCUUGUUGGAACAGUGUCUUCAUCCUGGCUAAGGCAUGUCUUCAAGCGCAUGUCUAAAGAGCAGACAAUCGCCGUGUGCUUUUGCGGGGCGGCCAAAACAACGAGUUUGGGUAUACCGCUAGCAAGUUCAAUGUGGGCGCGUGCGGAUGAUAUAACAAGGGCCUAUAUACAGAUACCUGUACUGCUGUACACCAUCGAGCAGGUGUUCAUGGCUCAGGGGCUAGUAUACGUCUUUCGCUGCUACAUGCGGAGAGGAAAUAAGGAACGUGGUACCGAGGAAGUAGAGCAGGGUACUACCCGAGAACAAUGUUCCAUCGAAGUACAAAUGCAACCUGAUGAACCCUCGAGGCAGGCCAUUGAUGAGGAUGUGGAACAGAAAGGGCAGCGAUGUCAGUAA